AUGACGAGUUUCUUGGCAAAGACUCGUAAAGGUCAUCCUCAUGCACAGCCAUUUAAAAUUAAAAAUUCGGCCAUAAAUUUUUUAAAAUCCAAGCCAAUGGCCGAUUCCAGCUCCUCCACCAUUGUGGCUACCUUAGCGCGCACCGCGGCGUUGGGAACAAGGUAUGGUGGGGGCACAUACAUCCCCCCUGCACGCCUUGCAAUCAUGCAGCGAGAGGAGCUAAAUGAUGCUUUGCGCUCUGGAGAUGCAACAAAGGCCAGCGAUGCUCACCAAAGAGUCUCCUGGGAUGCGCUUAAAAAGUCGCUCAAUGGCCUCAUCAACAAGGUGAACACUGCAAAUAUCAAGAACAUUGUGAUUGAGCUUUUUUCUGAAAACCUCAUACGUGGUCGCGGGCUUUUUGUCCGGUCCCUGCUGAAGGCCCAGUCUGCCUCUCUCCCAUUUACCCAUGUUUUUGCAGCGCUUAUUUCCAUCAUCAACUCGAAGAUUCCAAUUAUCGGCGAGCUGCUCCUUUCGCGGCUCAUUCUGCAGUUCCGAAGAUCAUUUCGACGCAAUGACAAGAUGCAGUGCUUGGCCUCCAUUAAAUUUCUUGCUCAUCUUGUGAACCACCAGGUUGCGCACGAAGUAUUGGCUUUGGAGCUUCUGACGCUUUUGCUGGAAAACCCGACGGAUGAUUCUGUCGAAAUUGCUGUUGGCUUCAUCCGCGAAUGCGGUGCACAUUUGACCGAUGUGGCUUCGAAAGCGACAAAUGCCAUUUUCGAACGCUUCAGGGCCAUUUUGCUGGAGGCUCAGGUGGAUGUCCGUAUUCAAUGGAUGAUCCAGGUCCUUUUUCAGAUCAGAAAGGACAAGUUCAAGGACAACAUUCCAAUCGCACAAGAGCUUGAUUUGGUUGAAGAAGAGGACAGGAUCACGCAUCUUUUAUCGCUCGACGACGAUAUCCAGGUGGACGAUUCCCUGGUUAUCUUCAGAUAUGAUGACGAUUUUGAAGAGAACGAAAAGAAAUAUUGCGCAAUAAGGGAGGACAUUUUGGGCGAGGUUGAGGAUCCAUCUCGACUUGACUCCGCAGCGGAGGAGCAACACCCACAAGAAGAGCCUUUGGAUCUGAAGGCAGCUAUGCCCGCUCUUGUCAUCCGUGACAAGACCAAUACUAACAUCAUCAAUUUAAGAAAGGCGGUUUAUUUAACUGUCAUGUCAUCUCUUGAGUUUGAAGAAUGUUGCCACAAACUGUUGAAGCUUGCAGUUCCGGAGGGCCUUGAGAUUGAGGUCUCAAACAUGAUCAUUGAAUGCUGUUCGCAAGAAAAGGCCUUCACCAAAUUCUACGGGCUGCUAUCGGAAAGAUUUUGCAAGCUAAACCAGUCUUGGAUGGCCCAUUUCGAGGCGUCUUUUGUGGAAACCUACACAACCAUUCACCGGCUGGAAACAAACAAAAUACGGAAUAUUGCGUACUUGUUUUCCCACAUCUUGGCAACGGACGCCAUUUCUUGGAACGUUUUCAACUGUAUAAAGCUAACAGAGGAGGACACCACAUCUGCUGGGCGUAUCUUCAUCAAGUUCCUAUUGCAGGAGCUCUCGUUGGAAUUGGGGCCCUUGAAGCUGAAAUCCCGCUUUUUCCCAAAACCCGUUGCCCCCGACCAAUUUGCCGUGGAGCCUGUGUUUGAGGGUCUUUUUCCAAAGGAAGACCCGCGAAAUACCAGAUUUGCCAUCAACUUUUAUACGGCCAUCAAUUUAGGCCAGCUUACCGAUGAAAUGCGCGCAUAUUUGAAAUGGCUUAUGGAUAUUGCAGCCAAGGAAAUUUAA